AUGAAGGCCAUAAUCGCCGUUCCCGCCACGCUCGCGCUCAUGUACCGGGCCUAUUCGCACAACUCGCUGACGCCUAUCGGCAUCUUCGUCGCCGCACUCACCGCCACCGUCCACGCCAUCCACCCGUGGAACCUCCCCUUCGUGCUGCUCUGCGUCUUCUUCCUCGCCGGCACGCGCGCCACCGCCAUCAAGAAGGACACCAAGGCCGGCCUGACCCUGCACUCCGCGGGCAGCUCCGGCGGCGAGGGCCCGCGGACGCACGUCCAGGUCCUGGCCAACUCACUCAUGAGCUCCAUCUUCACGCUGCUACACGCGUAUCAGCUGCGCCAACGACGGGAAGCAAUCGGCGCGCGAGAGUUCCCCGGGGGCUCUUUCUGCUACAGCUGGGGUGGCGACCUGCUGGUCAUCGGCAUCAUUGCGAACUAUGCUGCUGUGGCCGCCGACACGUUCUCCUCCGAGCUGGGCAUCCUGUCGCGCACCGCUCCUCGGCUGAUCACGUCGCUCUCCUUCCGAAAGGUACCCCGGGGCACUAACGGGGGUGUUACGCUUUGGGGUUUGGUGGCGGGCUUGCUCGGCUCCAUGAUCAUCGUCACGACGUCGUUGAUGUUCCUUCCCCUGUGCGGCGAGCAGACGAAGGGCAAAGUCGGCGGCGGCGAUGCCUGGACUAUGAGUCAGAAAGGCACACUCGCCUGGGGCUUGACUAUCUGGGGCGCACUGGGAAGCCUCCUCGACAGCUUCUUGGGCGGCUGGCUCCAAAAGAGUGUGCGAGACGUACGGACCGGCAAGAUCGUCGAAGGUGAAGGUGGCGUUCGUGUCUUGACCUCCACAGAGGCCAAUCCGAACUCGAUGGAGCAUUUCAACAAAUCCGUCGACACCAAGGCCAAAGUCCUCAAGGGAGAAGGCAAAGAUGCAGUCGAGAAGCCGCAGGGUUCAUCGGCGGUUGAUGCCAGCAGUGACGAGAAAUACCCCUACGAUCCAAACGACAAGCACCGAACGUCCAAUUUCGGGGACCACAAGCCCACCCGCGUUGCAGAGAGCGGAUUCGACCUGUUGGACAACAACGAUGUCAACUUCCUGAUGGCUUUUACGAUGAGCACCAGUGCUAUGGUGGUCGCAGGGUGGUACUGGGGAAUACCACUAAGCAGUAUUCUGAAGGCUUAA